AUAUCGUUUGAAGCAGUUUAGUUUUACUUUAAUAUUCGAGUAGGGCAGAUGUACGGAUCGGUUCGGCUUCCGGGCAACCUUGAGUGAUAUUUCAGUGAUAACCACUACGGGGGUUCUUAUUCUUGCUGUGUAGUGAUUUGGGUUUGGAUUAAGUGAAGCAGGAAAACAAAAAAAAAAAAAGAAACCGCUGGAUACACGAUUUACGCCGGACCGAAUGGAUAGUACAGGAUUAUCGCCGUUAGCUGAUUUGGAUUCCAACUCCGGCGGAUCGGAUGGUGUGAACUCCUCGUUGAACCAUUUCGGUUCUAACUUGUAUGUGGCGCCGAAUGGCUAUCGGGACACUGGCAAUGCCAUUAAAACGUUAUUUUUCUCAGAUAAACUACAAGAAUUCACCGACAAGGAGUACGAGCGAAAGUAUAACGAGAACGUAUAUCCAAUCAAAGUUCAGUCGCAACCAGAUGUCGCAUAUUACGCAAGUAAACCCUCAAAUGAACUGCUGUCCAGCUCGAGGAACAACGAAAACGGAGGAACAUUUCUGCAGAACGUUCAGUGCUAUUCAAACAACAACGAGGUGGAACGAAAGUUCUUGAGCUUCAGCCCCGAUCAGAUACAGUGCAUGUGUGAAGCGCUGCAGCAGCAGGGGGACAUCGAAAAGUUAGCAUCCUUCCUGCAGAACAUUCCCCAGAACGAGAUGAUUGCCAACAACGAAAGCUUACUGAGGGCGAGAUGUCUGGUUGCGUACCACUGUGGCUCGUUCCACGAGCUUUACGCCCUGCUCGAGUCGAAGUUCUAUUCACCCAAGCACCACUCAGAUCUACAGAAUCUCUGGUUCACGGCACACUAUCGGGAGGCGGAGAAGGUCCGCGGCAGGCCACUGGGCGCGGUUGACAAGUACAGAUUGCGCAAAAAGUAUCCCUUGCCGAAAACGAUCUGGGACGGCGAGGAGACGGUUUACUGCUUCAAGGAAAAAAGUCGUAAUGCCCUGAAGGAUUGCUACACCCGAAACCGGUACCCGACGCCAGAUGAGAAAAAAACACUUGCCAAGAAAACCGGACUCACGCUGACACAAGUGUCCAAUUGGUUUAAGAAUCGUAGACAACGGGACAGGACACCACAAGCGAGGCCUGAUAUGAUGAUGCCCGUGCUGCCGGUCACUUCUGCCCAGAUGGAUGGCAGCUAUCAAAGACUGUUUAACGUUGCCAAUUAUGGGGGGCAUGCUUAUCAUGCAAAUGAUAUGUACGCCGUCCAGUAGAAUCGAAUCAUUUAAGGAGCUUGUGCUUGUGCCCAGUGUAUAAUUUGGUGGAACCGCGCCAGAACGAGUGUGAAAUUGAGAGACCCAAACCCUUUCUUACCCCCAUUCUUCGCCCCACCGACCGUGUUGUGGAGAAACAAAGCACAAAGAGAAAUUGUGAUAGGCUGUCAUUUAGGUUUUUUUUAGCUAAUAACCUUUGCCAUUGUAAAUACCAAAUACUUU